UGAACGCCUGAGCGGCCCCGGCCCAUUGGGAGCGGCACGAGGCUGAUAAUCUAUUAUCUAUGGCAUCCUCGUCCGGAGGGCUGAGAUGAAUUUCACGAUAAAAUCAGGGGUCCACUGUUAACACAAAGGAUAUGCGAAAAGAUCCCCCGUCCAACCAAUGGUGGUUUUGACCACGACCUUCAUCUCCUGUGCCAAAUUCCGCUGCCACUCCAUUGCGGUUGUGAAUUUACUCCCCGUCUCGGCCUUUCCUUCCCCUGCUCGUGCUCUGCCCCGCGGUCCGCUGCUGCGGCAAAGAAUUAGCAAGGUCUCACUGCACUCAUUAGCUAUGGCUGCCUCAGAAGCCUCAGAAGCAGCAGCUGACAAAGGAUUGCCUUUCGGGGUGGAUGCAACCAUGGUCGAUGAGUAUGCCUCCCAGUCAAAGCUGCUGCAAGAAUUCGUUAAGAUCCCCAGUUUUGGCAAGGCUUGGGUCUUCAACUCCAAGGAUGAAAACACACCCAGAGCAGCGGUUUCAAUCAGCCAAUCAGAUCUUUUGGGCAAUAAGAGGAGAAUGUUCCUUUUGAAUUCUCACAUUUCAAAGAGUGCCUCAAAGCCUGUCAAUUUCCAGUGGUCUCCUUUCCCGACUGAAAUAAGUGGAGUGUCAGCAGUUAUUCCAUCGCCUUCUGGAGAAAAACUUCUUUUAGUACGCAAUUCUGAGGAUGAUUCCCCUACAAAACUAGAGAUUUGGGGGGCGUGUCAAUUAGAGAAUGAGAUACAUAUUGCAAAAUCUGUUCAUGGAUCACUCUAUACUGAUGAAUGGUUUGAAGGGAUAUCAUGGAACAAGGAUGAAACUUUCAUAGCUUAUGUUGCUGAGGAGCCUCCUCAACCAAAGCCAGUGUUCAAUGAUUAUGGAUUCAAGAAGGAAGGAUCAUCUGAAAAGGACUGCAAGAGCUGGAAGGGACAAGGAGAUUGGGAGGAAACCUGGGGAGAAACCUAUUCGAAGAAAAGGAUACCUGCACUGUUUGUCGUCAACAUAUCCAGUGGGCAAGUUCGACCUGUGAAGGGAAUACCUAGAUCAUUAAGUGUUGGCCAAGUGAUUUGGGCCCCAUCAUCUUCAUGUGGAUUGGUUUUUGUUGCAUGGUCAUCUGACAAUGGCUUCCAAGAGACUCCAAGGAAGCUUGGUAUUAAAUACUGUUACAACAGGCCUUGUGCUCUGUAUGCUGCUCCUGAUCCUUUCAGAGAAGAAACUGAGAAACCAUCAACCGUGGGCAAUAAGGAUGAAACUACAACUAUGAUCAAAUUAACAGCACACCUGAGCAGUGCCUUUUUCCCACGGUUCAGUCCGGAUGGUAAGUAUCUUGUGUUCGUCUCAGCGAAAAGUGCUGUAGAUAGUGGAGCACACAACGCCACAAAUUCAAUGCACAGAAUUGAGUGGCCUACAGAUGGGAAACUGGAUGGGAGCCUUGGUAUCGUUGAUGUGGUGCCCAUUGUGAUGUGCCCCAAAGAUAACUGUUUCCCUGGUCUGUAUUGCUUCGGAUUGCUCAGGGAUCCAUGGCUUACUGAUGGACGGACUAUGAUUCUAUCUUCUGUUUGGGGUAGCAGGGAAGUAAUACUUUCUGUAAAUGUCGUGAGUUGUGAAGUUUUAAGAGUUAGUCCCCAGGAUUCAGAUUAUUCAUGGAAUGUUCUUGCACUUGACAAGAAUAACAUUCUUGCAGUUUCCAGUAGCCUUAUUACACUCCCUCAAAUAUACUAUGGAAUCAUGAUUUCUCAGACUGAAAGCCAUUGGGAGUGGCAGGAAGUUUCAACUCCUUUUCCAAAGCCAUCUGAUGAGAUAAGCUCCAUAUUAGCAGAGCAUAAGUUCAGCAUACUCAAAAUCCCAAUUAGCAACCCUUCCGACAAACUAGCGCAUGGGGCUAAGCUGCCUUUUGAGGCUAUUUUUGUGUCACAUAAGGAUUCUGCCAGUAAUCCAACAAUUGUGGUUCUUCAUGGUGGACCACACUCAGUUUACCCAUCAAGUUAUUCCAAAUCCUUGGCUUUUCUUUUUUCACAGGGAUAUAAUCUUCUUGUCGUGAACUACAGGGGCUCAUUAGGCUUUGGGGAAGAAGCACUGCAGUCCCUUCCUGGAAAUAUUGGUUCUCAGGAUGUCAAUGAUGUAUUGACGGCUUUGGACUUUGUUAUAAAGAGAGGACUAAUAGAUCCAUCUAGAGUCGCUGUAGUUGGAGGUUCACAUGGAGGUUUCUUGACAACUCAUUUGAUUGGCCAGGCUCCUGAUACAUUUGUUGCAGCAGCUGCUCGAAAUCCAGUAUGUAACUUACAAUUGAUGGUGGGUACCACUGACAUCCCUGAUUGGUGCUUUGUCGAGAUUUAUGGAAAAGAUGGGAAAAAGUACUUCUCAGAGUCUCCUUCAGUAGAUGAUCUUUGUCAAUUCCACCAGAAGUCACCAAUAUCACACAUUUCGAAGGUCAAAACACCUACGCUCUUUCUCCUUGGAGCGCAAGAUCUCAGGGUUCCUGUUUCUAAUGGCCUGCAGUAUGCAAGGGCUUUGAAGGAGAGGGGAAUUGAAUCCAAAACUAUUGUCUUCCCAGAAGAUAUCCAUGGAAUCGACAAGCCUCAGUCUGAUUUCGAGAGCUUCCUCAACAUAGGGGUUUGGUUCAAGAAGCACAUGAGCAAAUAAACAUUAGUGCUCUUUGAUUACAUUCGUUAUAGAUGUACCUUUUCAUUGUAUUGUAAUUUUUUUUCUUGAACACGCAGGAGAGCUGUGUAUCUUUAUAUUAAGAGCGAGAGUAGUCCAAAUACAAGGAAACAUUCCACACCUUGGACUAGAGUGAGGAACGUAAAGAUCUAGAAACUAUUACAUAAAAACACCAACCAUAGGACCAGACCACAAUCAUAAAAACACCAAUGACUGUAAUUGGGAUAAAACAUCUGACAGCAUGGUUCACUUGCCCAAUCCAAUGUUCCCAAGAUGGAAUACCGAACUUCUAACAUCUAAUUUAGAUUAUAAGCUUCUAAUAAUAGUUAUUUUACAAACGAUGCUUAUGUGUUAAUGUGAAAAGGCGGCUUCAUUUGAAUUGGAAUGAGAAAAUAAUCGCAUGGUCCAGCUCACUGUACCGCUGUUCAUACUAAAGACUAAUAAUGGAAAAUGGUGUAAUCACCUGUCCUAUCUACUUGUCAGUAUAUAAAUCUCUAUGUAAGAUCGCAAUCAAGGUCGCAUCAAUAGUCCCUUGAACUUGCCUUUUUACCUCCAGAGAUCAGUUUCUAGCAACAUGACAUGUCCCAGUUUAACACGAUACUAUGUUGUUACCAGCUAAAGUUGCACCAAUAAUGUGAACAAACGGACAAGAAGAAAAGGCUGGAAGGGCAUCUUGUGCUUUUAUUAGUAGUGCUGAAUGCAGAUGUGACGCUACCUUCUUAUUCUAUUCCUCUUCGUCUUUGCUCUGGUGUUGCACGUGGUUGUUAAGCCGGAUUUCUUCUUGGUUAUUUUUUAGCUAGAAUCUUAAUUAAGACCUUGAUGACAAGCUGGAAGAAAAUUAACAAGUUUUGGUGCCAUCUCAUCAAAUGCUAUGAUAGAGGGAGUCUUUACAAAGGGAACUGCGGGACUCAACUACUCCCAUGUUCAAGAGUGGCUUCCUUCUGUACUGGCUUGGCCCGCUCAUCUGCUUACUCUAGUUCAAGAUGAGUUCAUGUCUUAUUGCGAUCAGUUUCGCCUAGCCUAGUGAGUAUAAAUAGUGUCUCCAAGUUAAGAAAACUUUUGUGCUCAUGCCGUAUAGGUGAAAUUGAAAGGUCAAGUGCAAUACAGGAAGCUGAAUUUAGUUAGUCUCACUCAGACAUUGUCAUCUUGGAUGUUUCAGACUUUCAUGGUUUUUUCUUGAAUUCUUUGUACAUUGAAAAUGCCAGUUCUUUAAUAGAAUUCCUGAAGAAGUGGGAUUAGUGUCUGUUUUUGAAAUUAAAUUAGACCAGAGGCUUAACACUAUAAACCAUUUCAUAAGCGACUACCGUGGGAAGUUGAAGUUGUAACCGAAGUAGAGUUGAGGUUGAGGUGAAUAUAUAGGUGAUAUUGAGUAGCAUGCUUGAUGGACUUAUCCAUAUAUUGCAUGCACCCUAAUGUAUUGACAGCAAAAGUAAAUUGAGCCCUCCUGCAACAUGCAUGACAUAUUAUGCUUGUCUUUGUGACAUUGCAGAUUUAACUUAUCCUAGUAAAUUGCGUCCCUCCAGUCAGUAGUCAUAAAAGUGUGCAAGUCUUCAGAGAGAAUCCACUCAGAAUGGAUUAUUUGACAGCAUCUGAAGAAUAUGCUUCCCAAUCCAAGUUAUUGCAAGAAUUCACCAAAGUCCCAACCAUUGACAGUGCUUGGGUUCUCAAAAAUAACAACGAAGGCAUAUCCACAGCAAUGUUCUCCAUUAGCCAGCCAGACCUACUGGCGAACAGCACCAGAAAAUACACUAUGUACUGCCAUAUUACGGGGGCUGGUACCAACUCUCGGGAUUUCCAGCGGUCUCCUUUCCCCACUGAAAUGCCUGGAGUGUCUGUCAUCGUCCCAUCUCCUUCGGGGUCGAAGCUUCUUUUAGUGCGAAAUGGAGAGAAAGGUUGCCCUACUAAGCUUGAAAUUGUUGAUCAAUCACAUGUGGCAAAGGACAUACAUGUAGGUCAGUCUAUGCAUGGUCCGCUUUAUACUGAUGAAUGGUUUCAUGGUAUUUCCUGGAAUCAAGAAGAGACCUUGAUAGCAUACAUUGCUGAAGCUCCACCCCAACUAAGACCAGUUUUCAGUGAUUCUGGAUAUAGAAAGGGAGACUCUUCUGAUGAAGACUGUAAUACCUGGAAAGGACAAGGGGAUUGGGAAGAGGACUGGGGUGAAAGAUACUCCAAAAAAGGGAGACCCUCAUUGUUUGUUCUUGACAUUGCCAGUGGAGAAGUGAGAGCGGCUGAAGGCAUUGCAACAUCAUUGAGUGUUGGCCAAGUUGUUUGGGCUCCCCCUUCUUCAAGUGGCAGUCAAAAGUAUUUGGUUUUCGUUGGAUGGUCAGAGCACAACGGGUUUCAUAACACUGCUAGAAAACUUGGUAUCAAGUACUGUUCUAACAGGCCAUGUGCUCUUUAUGCAAUUGCUAGCCCUUUCGAAAGACCAGAGACUAACAAUAAACCAGUUUGCGAUGAUAAAUCAGACUCCGCUGCAUCAGCACGCAACUUAAAAGCAAGCAUAAGUAGUGCUUUUUUUUUUCCACGUUUCAGCCAGGAUGGAAAAAUCCUACUCUUCCUUUCUGCAAAACAGGCUGUAAAUAGUGGAGCACAUAAUGCAACGGAUUCUCUGCAUAAGAUCAACUGGCUUUCUGAUUGGGAAAUGGAUAAACAACUUGAUGUUACUGAAGUGGUACCUAUUGUAAUGUACCCUGAAGAUGAUUGUUUCCCGGGUCUUUACUGCUCAUCCAUUCUAUCCAAUCCUUGGCUUUCUGAUGGAUGCACGAUGAUACUAACAUCUGCUUGGAGAAGUACCGAAGUAAUAUUAUCAAUAGAUGUUUUAAGUGGAAAAGUAACAAGACUUACUCCAGAAGACUCGCAUUACUCAUGGAGUGCUCUUGCGAUAGAUGGUGACAAUGUUCUUGCUGUGUCAAGUAGUCCCAUCGACCCUCAUAUCAGGUAUGGACACCAAGUGAAACCAGAGAGUCAAGCAUGCAGAUGGACUUGGGAUGAAGUUGAUAGUUCGUUGAUGACAGCCAGCGAUACGGUUAAGUCCUUGUUGUCGCAUCACAGUGUCACUAUACUUCAAAUUCCUGUCGCUAACCCCUCUGAUGACCUCUCUGAAGGUGGCAAACUUCCAUUUGAGGCCAUUUUUGUGUCCUGCAAGGACAGUUCACACAGUCCAACUGUUGUAAUCCUUCAUGGUGGCCCACACUCAGUGUCUGUGUCAAGCUACGUGAAAUCAUCAGCCUUUCUUGCUUCGCUUGGAUUCAACCUGCUAAUUGUAAAUUAUCGAGGUACACCGGGUUUUGGAGAGGAGGCUUUACAAUCGCUUCCUGGAAAAGUAGGAUCUCAGGACGUCCAAGACUGUCUUACAGCCAUAGAUCACGUCAUCAAUGAAAAGCUAAUAGAUGCUUCCAAAGUAGCUGUUGUUGGGAUUUCACAUGGUGGAUUCUUGACAACUCAUCUGAUAGGCCAGGCUCCAGACAGAUUUGUCGUGGGAGCUGCUCGGAAUCCUGUGUGCAACCUUGCGCUGAUGAUUGGCACCACUGACAUCCCAGACUGGUGUUACACGGUGGCCUGCGGAACUGAAGCGAAGCAAUAUGCCUCUGAAUCCCCUUCACCCGACCAUCUUCGCCUCUUCUAUGAGAAAUCGCCGAUUGCUCACAUCUCAAAAGUGAAAGCGCCCCUUCUUAUGCUUCUUGGAGGAGCUGAUCUUUGAGUACCCGUUUCUAAUGGCCUACAGUACGCAAGGGCUCUCAGAGAAAGGGGUGGCCAGGUCAAAAUUAUGAUGUUCCCAGAGGACAUACACGAAAUCAUCAUACCACAGUCCGAUUUCGAAAGUUUCCUCAACAUUGGAGUUUGGUUCAAGACACAUCUAAAAUAGGUGCAAAUGCAGCGGCAUGAAGCAGAGUCUGGUGAUCUAAGCUAAAUUUUAGAUUGUGUUCUUGCUGAUAUUAUAUGUUCUCGUGAAACAAGCAGUUUCGUACUGCCCUCGUACGUGAAUCCGGCUCCUUUUAGAUUUGAUAUAAAAGAUGUAAUGAAUUAAACAACUGCUCCAUUAAUAUUUUUAGCUAUUCAGUCAUGAUGCUUUAAUUCAUGACUUCGACA